AUGGUAACUCGCUCUCUUUUCGAACAUGUAUUGAAAGAGAAUUGCUCUAGUGUUACAGGUGUUUUAUAUGGCACCAUGAGUCAUGAAGCAAUUCCACAGUCUGAAUCGUCAAGUAGCAACAUGUCGCGUUGGCCUGCGCACCGAAGCGUCCAAUUGGGUCCACCCUCCCGUUCGGCGAACGGCGCCGACGGCCCUCGCCACGUGCCGUCCGCCGCUGCGUCGGGCGGCGGCGACUGCGGCGCAGCUGAUGCAGCUGAUGGCGGCGAUGGCUCGCAGCGUUCGCAUCAGCAGCUGACCCCGCGCGUGCGAACCCCCAGGCCCGAGCCCCCUUCGGCCCCCCCGGCCGCCCGGGCUCGUAUAAAACGGAGCGCUGCCCUGCUCUGGCCACAGCCGCCGCAGCCACCACCAUCAUGUGGGGCCUCCUGUUCCUCGCCCUCGCCGGUAAGGUGUUCCUUGGCUUCUGCAGGGUGGCCCACUAAACCUCCCCACCCCAUUCCAAGGGAGCCUGGCUGGGAUUAUGGCGCUGUGUACAUCUACAAGCUGAGGGGUCGCUCUCUGGCUUCCAACAACCAGAUCGACGACAAGUACUCUGGCGUGCUGACCAAAGCUGAGCUUGAGGUCGCGCUGGACGGGAUUCGACCUGAUCGACUCAACGUCCACGUGCUGCAGCCUGAGUAUGCGCCCAUCCAGAGUAGGCUGUCUGGUGGAUGGGGCUCCCAGCCUGACGAGAAGCCCUCCUUCAAUAACCUGAAGCUGGAAUACCCUGUCUUCGCCAUCGCCCUGAAGAACGGCGUGGCGCAAGAGAUCAUAGUUCACAGCAGUACAAAGAGAUGGGAGGCUAACUACUACCGCUCCAUUGCUACUGCAUUGAGCACCAACCUCCAGCCCAGCUCAGCGGCUGUGUUGAAGAAAGCCAUCAACUCCCAACCCAGCAAACUCCACGCUUUUGGUACAUACGUCGUCAUGGAGGGAACCUUGAACGGUAACUGUAGUACCAGGUACGACCUGUCGCCACUGCCAAAAUACAAACUCCAAUCUAUGGCGCACUGGGCCCCUGCUCUCAACUUGACUGGCAACGAGACGCUGGUUAAUGCAGUGAUUACCACCAACUUUAGCAACUGCAAGAGACACGUCCUGUACCACAACGGACUCUCUGCGAAGGACCAGAGCGAUAACGGCGACCCGACAGUUGGCAACGCUAUCGCGCAUUCAUUCGUGAAACGCAUGAUCAUUGCAGUGAACACGGCCGGCGUCAAUUACAACAAUUACACAAUCAUGUCUACCGUUGCCGCGAGCCAGGUUGAAGCUAGCCCGCAUUUCUACAACAACCAGAAAAGCAAGGUGAACAGUCGCAUGAACAUCACUUUGAAAGAAGAGAAGUGGGGCACAUUUAUUUCUGGACCAUCUCAACCCCAAGCACGUCCCUUGGAGUUCCAGAUAGUGAACAAACGCGAUGUUGCACCUGCAUCCAACAACAACAACAAUAACAAUAAGGAUUAUGAUUACCCUGAGAACGCCCAAGGCAGUCAAGAUGUUGAUGAAAUAUUAAAGAACCUUCUGCAUUCCCGUUUGGCAAGAGCUGUAAACAAUGACGAAGAAAACGAGAGCAGCAGUAGCAGCAGCAGCAGCAGUGAGGACAGCAAUGAUUCAUCAAACAGCGUCAGCAGCAUUGAAAGCAGCGAUAGCAGCAGCAAUAGCAGCAGCAGUGACAGCAGCAGUAGCAGUGACGACAGCAGCAGCAGCAGCAGCAGUGACAGCAGCAGCAGCAGCAGUAGCAGUAGCAGCAGCAGCAGUGACAGUGACAGUGACAGUAGUAGUAGUAGCAGCAGCAGCAGCAGCAGCAGCAGUAGCGAAGAAGACCCAUCCUUGCUUGUGCCAGCCCUCAACAAUCCAUCCAUCAGCCCUUCCCGACCAGCUCCCUCACCCAGUGACCGCCAGCAAAUCGUGAAAAACAUCAUCAAACUUGCGAAGGAAAUCGGUCACGAUAUUGCCCAAGAUAACUGGAACCACCAGAACCACUACCCUCUACAAAAGUUCAUGUUACUCGUGACUUACGUUCGCCUGGUUGACCUUGUGCCACUUGUCAGAAUCACCAGUCAACUCUACGUCCCACCCAAGGAGAACGGUGCAAAUCCCGACCCACAGCGCCUUGCAUGGUUGGCUUUCCGCGACGCCGUGGCUGAAGCUGGUACUGGUCCUGCCCUGGUUACAAUCAAGUAUAUGAUGCUUCGAAACAUCAUCAACCAGGACGAACUCGCUGCUAUACUUAGAGCUCUCCCCAGAGCUGCCAGAGCUCCUAGCCAACUCUACAUCAAAUUCUACUUUAAACACAUCGUGCUGGCCAUUGACGAAAAGAAGGAAUAUGACAAUACCACGUAUAUCCCAGCUGUGCUCACCUUUGCAGAUCUACUGCGCCAAACUUUCACUGAUAAAGACUACGCCGAGAGUCACUACCCUGUGCACACCUACAAGAAACUGUCCCAAGGAAAGAGCGAUGUUGAAGACACGUACUUGCCGUACCUCUUCCAGAAAUUCAACAGAUCCGUGGCAGAGCAAAAUACCACCUCCAAGCAGUUCUUCAUUUUGGCCAUCAACCGAGUCGCUCACAAGAGCGUCCCUCAGCUUUUCCUACCCUUCUUGAGCGGUUACGUUAACAAGACUCGCGUCACCAUCUUUGACCGCAUGGCCAUCAUGAUGGGAAUGAUCAAGUUAGCGGAUGUUUACCCUAAACAAGCGCGCGAACUAGCAUGGAACAUCUACCAGAACGUUGGCGAAGCGUACGAAGUGAGGAAUGCUGCUAUUCUCGUCAUCAUGAACUGCAACCCGUCCGCCGCGAUGCUGCAACGCAUGGCAAGCUCCACCAACUUCGAAACGAAUCUGCAGGUUGUGUCGAUGGUGCGAAGUGCCAUUCAGAGUGCUGCACAACUCUCCGAUCCCGACGAUCAGGAACUGGCCAACAAUGCUCAGACUGCUCUUCAUCUCCUCAACCCCAAUCCCGUGAGCAUUCACUAUUCACGAACCCAGUACAAGGAUUACUCUUCCAUGGAGGAGCUUGGCGAUUUCGGCUACAGCCUCGAAGGGGCAUUCAUCGGCAGUCGCGACCACAUUAUUCCCAAGGCCUUCAACGUUCGUAUUCACAAGUUCAUGGGACAAAUGGCGUUGAACCCACUGAAGUUCUCUGCUAUGGUAUCCAGUAUCAAUAAAUUGAUCAAAUUGUGGUACGGAUGGGACAACAGAGUCCCCAACCAACCCAAUCCUUCAGUCAAUAGCGACGGCUUCAUCAAUAUGGGACCUCGGGGAGAGCAGCCUCUUCAAGGACAAUUUGAAUACCCAUUCCCGGCAGGAAAUAAGUUCCUCUUCUUCAACAAUGAUACCAUCGCCUCCAUUCCCGAAUUAAUGAAGGAGCUGGCAGGUAAAUUAAGGAAAGGACAGAACAUCGAAUACACUAAGUUAUACUUAGGUUCUCGCAUGACGCACGCUAUCCCUGAUGCUAUUGGUAAUGGCUUGAUCUUCAGUAGCCAAGAACCAAUCAUGGUGCAUGUUGCCGGCGAAGUGAAAGGUGCAUUGCUUCAAUCUCCGGAACACCAGAACAGCGAGCAACAAUACUAUAACAAUUUCCCUAACAUCGCGAAGUUGUUGGAGAGUUUCCGUAGGGUGGAAGUUCACGCCGACCUUCAAAUCAAGAUUGGCUACGCCCGUUCUGGUAAGAUCAUGAUGAGGAACUACUUCGAUAAGGAGCCUAUGCUUUACAUAGCCUCUGUAGACCAGACCGCAAUGAUCAAGAACGAAUUCUCCGCUAACAUAACCUAUUACUCCCGUUACGACGCCCUCAAUUUCCGUGGCGUAGACAUCACUCUGAAGCCCAGCAACAAUCGCGAAUCCACCAUCGCUCAGUACGUCAACGAGCCGUUCAUCACUAAGCAGCCAGCCCUGGCCGCUUACCCCGCUGUGCUCAGCGCCAACAAGGAAAUUGUGCACAAUCGACAACCUGAAAAGUGGUCUACUCGCUUCGGCCCCAACAAGGCAUUCGAAAUCCAAAUUUCUUCUGAAAACUUCCUCGACAUGUCUGUGGUCCCCCGCAAAAUGCAAGGCCGGGAUUUCAUCUCUUUGAUUCUCUUCCCCAUGAUCGAGUCCGAAAGUACAUUCCAGAGUAUGAAUAUCACGUACAACCCACAGCGUAUGAAGCAAUUGCGUUUCGCAGUGGCGACCUCUUUGCGAUCGGCAGUGAACGAGCCGCUGAACAAGCUUAAGCCGCUUAACGCCAGAUACCGACGCAGCGAUCCCGAACACCGUCUGCCCUCAGAUGCUUACUCACGCCUCGUACGCGUUGGAGUUUAUGCCAAGCUCGAUGAUGGUGUUCAAGCAUGGCAGUCGCAGUUUAAUUUGACCCGUAGCGAUAUCCGAAAUAACGAUUAUCUCAACAUCCUUUACAACCAGACUGCUCCUCAUAGUCAAGGUGGACCCGUGGUGGAGAACAUGAACUUCAGUUUGAAGGCUAACUGGUCUUACAUGCCCCUUUAUUACACUAGGGAAACGCCCUUCCUGAACCCCAACUCCAGCAUCCAGGCGAACCUCACGUACUUCAGUAAGAACCAGAAUAUGAAGAUCAAGAUGCAGGGUUACCUGAACAGAACUAGCCAAAGACUGCAGUACUUGAAGAACGACUCCAGCGUGAAACAGUGCCUCCAACAGAUGAAGCAACAAUACGAAAUGCAACCCGCCUGCCUCAACGUUACCCGCCGCUGGGGACAGCUGGACAACUACCAAUUCAACUUCACCUUCGAAAACCCGACGCCAUUCUUCGUCAACACGUCCUACCAGCUUCUGAUGAAGCUGUACGACAACCUGGAGGAUUACUCCAGUAUCAAUUGGCAUCACCGUGGCCAGCAAAACAAGGCGCAACUGAACGUGUCGUUCAGCCCCUCGCUGCGAGCCGUCAGUUGGCGCUUCAGCUCCCCGCGCCUCAGCGCCCAGUUCCAGAACGUGCGUCUCCCGCCCGUGCUCUCGCGCGCCCUGUCUGCGCACCCGGGGCAGAGCUUCCUGCAGCGCGUCAACUACGCCAAUUUCCUCGGACAAAACAUGCCCAAAGCUGUUAUCGACGCAUGGAACAUCACUACCUUUGAUAACAAGACGUACGCUAUCCCUAAGGGAGGUCUCGGAAGAUGCUGGCUGGUUGUUAUGACUCGCAAUAAAUACAGCACAAAUCCUCUGAAUAACGUAACUGUGGUUGUUCAUGAUGAAGGCCCACAACACAGGGUCUACCGUCUCAUUACCCGCACUCAAGACGUCUGGUUGGUACCUUCACGACCUUCAGGAAGACAAUUCAAUUUACUGUUGGCGGAUGAUAAUGUCGGCGUGAAUAUCCUUAAAGGAGGCUACAAUCACUACGUCAUUUCGGGUAAGAAUGCCACCAGACACGUCAUUCAGACCCAGAACGAGCAGACGAACAUCAUAUAUUCCGAAAAUAAUAAGUAUGUUGAAGCCAGUGUUCUGAAUAACACCGUCAGAGCUGUGUACGAUGGAAGGAGGCUCAUUUUGUUGGUGCCCAACUCAUAUCGCGCUGACGUGCGUGGUCUGGCCGGAACACACACUGGAAACGAAAUCACAGAUUUCUCCGACAAGAACGACCUUGUUUUGCGCCAUCCUAGAGAAUUCAUCCUCUCCCAACAGUACAAACCCGAGGAAUGUCUCUUACAUGAAGAGCCAAGUCCUCGCUUUUCGAAGGAUAUCGUCCUGGGUUUCUUCAAUGGCACUAUCAAGGGCUCAUCGCCUCGCCCCAGCGACGACGACGACGACGACUCCAGCUCCAGUUCCGAUUCUAGCUCCAGUUCCGAUUCUAGCUCGAGCUCUGAUUCAAGUUCCAGCUCAGAUUCUAGCUCCAGCUCAGAUUCCAGUUCUGACUCUAGCUCAAGCGAUAGUUCCAUCUCAGACGGUGCCAACGAUCCCAAUGGAAACGAUAGCUCUGACUCCAACUCCGAUGAGGACUCAAACAGCUCCAGCUCAAGCUCCAGCUCAGAUUCGGACAAUGACGACAAUGCUAAUCCCAAGAAACAGAGCUUUAAGAUAGAAAAUAAUCCGAAGCAAAGAAGUCAAGACUAUCAUGAAUUUUUACAAAAGAGUCCCAAACGUGGACUAAAGAGAACCGCUGUGAAGGUGUUGAAUGGCGGUAAACUGUACUGCUUCACCACGGUACGCAUUGGAGUCUGCUUACCUCCUUACCAACCUAAGAAGACUAAAAACGUGAAAAUUUCAUGCCACUGCGUGAACAAGAGCGAGCUGACUGAUCACUGGAAGUUACAAUUGGAGAAGGGGCAAGAUAUUGACUUUAGCAAGAAACCGGCGACCAAAGUGAUCUCUUUCCAAGUUCCCGAGUAUUGCGAAUAAGUGCCCAAUGACUCAAGAGAAAUCACUGAAAGAUUCACUGAAAUCUUAAACAAUAAUGUAAUAAUUGUCCAAUAAAUUUGAGAUGCAAUCAA